UUGACGGAGUCGUCAUCCUACAUACAUCUCAAUCACUACUACAUAAACCGGAACAGAUCCUUCUGUCUGCGAGAACAACCCAAAAUGACAGCUACAAAGACAACACCCUCUGAACGUCAAGUCAAUGUUCUGUUUGUCUGUCUUGGGAACAUCUGCCGGUCUCCCAUGGCCGAAGGAGUCUUUCGGAACAUGGCUGCCUCCCACUCUCUAAUCAACGAGAUCGAUUCCGCCGGCACCGGUGCUUAUCAUACUCACGAACCUCCUGACUCUCGCACCAUGUCUACUCUCCGCCAACACGGUAUUAAGAACUACAACCACGCCGCCAGAAAGGUCACCAAGGAGGACUUCUUGACGUUCGACUAUCUCAUGGCUAUGGAUAAGCACAACUUGCGCGACCUCCUGGACGUGCGCGAAUCUGUCACUGCUUCCUUGAGCAAAUCAAAGAAGGCUGCCAAGGUUGCGGAGGUACGGUUAUUUGGGGACUUUGGAGCCGGUGGAGCGUUGCAUGAACGCGUUGGGGGUGGCGAGGUGGUGCAGGAUCCUUAUUAUGGGGGUGUCAAUGGGUUCGAGGAGGUUUACCAGCAGGUUGUUCGGUUUUCGAAGGGCUUUUUGGAUUACCUAGAGAAGAACCAGGGUGAUGAGGCGGAUAACUGAACGACUAUAUGCGAAGGGGGUCAUGCGUUUAGUGGUUUUCCCUUGCAUCAGAGCGAGGUUGAGAAGAAGUGACUUAGAUACCCAGCGCUUGUUUAGACCUUGAUCGAUUGAAGCGUGAGCCAAUGCUUUGCAGGCGUGUUUAGACAUCGAUAUAGCAUGUACAUGCAAGAGACAAAGAAUGUAGAAAGAUGUUAAAU